GUCUUAUGAUCCCUUUUGUUCUGUAAAUAUAUGGCGACUGGCGAACUCAUGCCCUAGCCUCGGCAGUUUACAGCCUCUCCGUUCUUGCUGCAAAAUAACCCUUCGUGAAUCAGUUGCAGGGCGGACUUUGUCUGCAAUAAAUUUUAAUAGCUAGGCAGAAAGAUCGAUGGAGUGGGUUGGCGAGCCUAGUGACGAAAACGAACUAAUUAGCCGGCUUCCUGAGAAUGUGAUACAUAACAUCCUCAUGUUGUUGCCCAUCAAAGAUGCAGCCAGAACAGCUCUCUUGUCAAGCACCUGGAGGCGUCACUGGAGAAGCAUUCCUCAACUUGUGUUCGACGAUGGGUUCGCUCCGACUGAACCGAACGAUAAGUUGGUUCCGAACAUCUACAAGUCUCUGCUGGCUCGCGAUGGGCCGGUGAUCAAGUUCGUGCUUGCAGUUCCCGGAUUGAACCCCUGCCACGAGAUUGAUCACAUCAUUGUGCAUCUUUCUGGCAUAGGUGUCCUCCAGCAUUUCACCCUUGUCCUUUCCAGUAAAGACUCUCACAGUCACAGCUGGUACAGGCUGCCAUCCUCGUUGUUCGCUGCUCCUCGACUGAAUUAUCUGAAACUGGAACGUUGUUUGUUCGUGGUACCACCGUGGUUUGUUGGGUUCGGUCAGCUUAAAAAACUCCGUCUAAUUAGAGUAAACGUGCCAUCAGACUUCUGUGAGAAUUUCCUUCCCAAGUGCCCAUUGCUUGCAAGUAUGCUUAUAGUCUCCUGCACUGGCCUUGAAAAGCUUGAGCUAGAUGCUCCGCGGCUCAAGCUGUUCAACUUUGAGGGGGAAAUGCAGAAACUAUGCUUCAAGCGUACUCCAUGUCUGUCUGUACUGCGACUUUCUGUAUAUGGCGGGUUGCAGAACCCUGAUUUGGCAGCUUUAUUAGCUUCUCUCCGGGUACUUGAGCGGUUUGUUGUAGCAUCAGAAUCUUUAGAAGUAUUUGGUAAAGGUGGUCAUGUCUCCACCAGGCUUCCUUCCCCUCAUUGCCGGCUGAAAACACUCUGCAUCUAUCUUAAUGUCAUUACUAGUUUGGGGGAGCGCAUUCUUGUUUUCCUAAUCUCGAGUGCUCCCAACUUGCAUAAACUCGUGAUUCAGGUUGCGGUUUGUGUGUUCGAAAGCUGCAAAAAUCCUGUAAAAACAAAAAAAAUUUACCUACAGAGGCUAAUUACCUUGUUCCUUGUUAAAUGCUCUUGCAGUGCAUGGUUAGCCGGCGAAAUCAGCUUGCAUAUAACUUGGCGACUAGCAUAGGAACCUUGUUAGAAGCAGCACACCGUCGUGGACCAUGUUUGCAGCAUCUCAGAGUAUUUGCAAUUGAAGACGGCCUUGGGGCACCGCUUGAGUUGGAACUUGUCAGGUUCAUACUUGCCACAGCCCCAAAUCUUUUGAGGGUUGAGAUUAAGCCGUCUUUUCUAUUAUGCUCCAGAAAGGUUUUCGAAUUUAUGAAGGAGGUGAUGCGAUAUAAGCGUAUAUCUAAAGAAGCGCAGGUCCUAUAUGAUUACAGUGAAGAGAACCACUCCCACCUCUGUAGUUGCUGCCUAUGAUGCACCACCAUUUUUGCCUCCUCAUCUUCUAUCAAGCUGCUUCUUGCAAAAUGAAGGCUUUCAUAGAUACAUGUUUUGUUUUGUUAUUGUAGCUCUGACCGUUCAAGAGUUUCGUGCCAACAAUGUGGCAGACGAAUGCCACCAGUGCAGCAACUGGAUCCAUAUAUAGAACAUCUCAUCUUGUAAUUACUUAGCAAUUUCAUAAGUGGUUCUCAUUGUCAAAUCGGCAUCCUUAGCAAGACUGCAAAGAGUUCAUACCACCUACAUUCCUUUAACUUCAUUUGCAAUUUCAGUUUUUGGGAUUCUUGUAAUGCUUUAGUACAUUGUACUGGAAUUGCUAGUUAAUUAUCGCGUGCUGUGAUUCUCACAGUUACAAGCCAAAGAGAACUAGUUAAUUAUCAGCAUGUACAGAGAGAUCGAUCGACGAUUG